CCGGAAGCGGACUUGCGGCAAUCCUCAGUCAAGAAGGAAGCGCAAGGUCGACGAUGGACAUGGCGUGGGGCGACAACUCGUAUGGCUACUCCAUGUCGCAAGGAUUUGAUGACGGCGAGAGCGGGUCGCUGAGCGGCGAGAACAAGCCGCGCAUCCUCCUCAUGGGCCUUCGAAGGAGCGGCAAGUCGAGCAUCCAGCGCGUCGUCUUCCACAAGAUGUCGCCGCACGAGACGCUCUUCCUCGAGGGCACGAACACGCUCGACAUCAAGUACAUUGCCAACAACUCGUUCGUGCAGUUCCAGAUCUGGGACUUCCCCGGCGACUUUGAGUUCAAAGACGACUUGGUCUACGGUGGCCAGCUCGUGAACGAAGAGAUGAUCUUUGGCAACUGCGGCGCAAUUGUGUUUGUGAUUGACGCGCAGGACGAGCCGUACUCGGAUGCGCUGUCGCGGCUCCACGAUACGGUCACGCGGGCGCACCGCUACAACCCCAACAUCUUUUUCGAAGUCUUCAUCCACAAGGUGGACGGCGACCUCUUUGUCUCGGACGACCACAAGAUCGACUGCCAGCGCGAGAUCCAGCAGCAGGUGCUUGACGAGAUCAACGACGGCGAGCUCGACAUCCACAUGAGCUUUUACCUCACGAGCAUCUACGACCACAGCAUCUUUGAGGCGUUCUCCAAGGUCGUCCAGAAGCUCAUUCCGCAGCUGCCGACGCUCGAGAACCUCCUCAACAUUCUCAUCUCGAGCUGCAACAUGGAGAAAUCGUUCCUCUUUGACGUCGUCAGCAAGGUCUACAUCGCGACGGACUCGAACCCGGUCGACAUGCAGUCGUACGAGCUCUGCAGCGACAUGAUCGACGUGGUCAUUGACGUCUCGUGCAUCUAUGGCAUGAAGGAAGACGGUGAUGGCGACGGCCUCGCCUACGACGCCGAGUCGUCGUCGGUCAUCCGCCUCAACAACGGCAUGGUGCUCUACCUUCGCGAAGUCAACAACUACCUCGCCCUCGUGUGCCUUCUGCGCUCGGAGAACUUCACCAAGCAAGGCAUCAUCGACUACAACAUCGACUGCUUCAAGGCGGCGCUCGGCCAAGUGUUCAAGGGCGCGAUCAAGGAGGCGUAGACCAUACAUCUCUGCGACACCAAACGAGGCAUGAAAGAGCCAACACGACACGUAUUACAUGCGA